AUGACCCCAUCACAGAUGCCUGGAGACCUGAUUGCAGGCCCCCUCAUCUUCCAGGCUCCUCUCCCGGGCCCCCUUGUCCUCAGAUUCCUCUCUCUGUCCCCCUCGUCCCUCAGGCUCCUCUCCCGGGCCCCCUGGCCCUCAGGCUCCUCUCUCAUAUGCCCUGGUCCUCCAGGCUCUUCUCAGGCCCAGCAUAUCACCCAGUUGCUUGGCUUCCUGCAGCGCCAGUUCGGCGCGCUCCUGCAGCCCGGAGUCAACAAGUUCUCGCUGCGGAUGUUCGGCAGCCAGAAGGCCGUGGAACGCGAGCAGGAGCGCGUCAAGUCGGCGGGGGCCUGGAUCAUCCACCCGUACAGCGACUUCAGGUUCUACUGGGACUUCACGAUGCUGCUGUUCAUGGUGGGGAACUUGAUCAUCAUCCCAGUGGGCAUCACCUUCUUCAAGGACGAGACCACAGCCCCCUGGAUCGUGUUCAACGUGGUGUCAGACACCUUCUUCCUCAUGGACCUGGUGCUCAACUUCCGCACGGGCAUCGUCAUCGAGGACAACACGGAGAUCAUCCUGGACCCCGAGAAAAUCAAGAAGAAGUACCUACGUACGUGGUUCGUGGUGGACUUCGUGUCCUCCAUCCCGGUGGACUACAUCUUCCUCAUUGUCGAGAAGGGCAUCGACUCGGAGGUCUACAAGACGGCGCGCGCGCUGCGCAUAGUGCGCUUCACCAAGAUCCUCAGUCUUCUGCGGCUGCUGCGCCUCUCGCGGCUGAUCCGCUACAUCCACCAAUGGGAGGAGAUCUUCCACAUGACCUAUGACCUGGCCAGUGCCGUCAUGCGUAUCUGCAACCUCAUCAGCAUGAUGUUGCUGCUCUGCCAUUGGGACGGCUGCCUGCAGUUCCUGGUGCCUAUGCUGCAGGACUUCCCUCGUGACUGCUGGGUCUCCAUCAACAACAUGGUGAACCACUCGUGGAGCGAGCUCUACUCCUUCGCGCUGUUCAAGGCCAUGAGUCACAUGCUAUGUAUCGGCUACGGCCGACAGGCGCCUGAGAGCAUGACCGACAUCUGGUUGACCAUGCUGAGUAUGAUCGUGGGUGCCACGUGCUACGCCAUGUUCAUCGGGCAUGCCACUGCUCUCAUCCAAUCACUGGACUCCUCACGGCGCCAGUACCAAGAGAAGUACAAGCAAGUGGAGCAAUACAUGUCCUUCCAUAAACUGCCUGCCGACUUCCGCCAGAAGAUCCACGACUACUAUGAGCACCGCUACCAGGGCAAGAUGUUCGAUGAGGACAGCAUCCUGGGCGAGCUCAAUGGGCCACUGCGUGAGGAGAUUGUCAACUUUAACUGCCGGAAGCUGGUGGCCUCCAUGCCGCUCUUCGCCAACGCGGACCCCAACUUUGUGACGGCCAUGCUGACCAAGCUCAAGUUUGAGGUCUUCCAGCCGGGUGACUACAUCAUCCGGGAGGGCACCAUCGGCAAGAAGAUGUACUUCAUCCAGCAUGGAGUGGUCAGCGUGCUCACCAAGGGCAACAAGGAGAUGAAGUUGUCAGAUGGCUCCUACUUUGGGGAGAUCUGCCUGCUGACGCGAGGCCGGCGCACGGCCAGCGUGCGGGCGGAUACCUACUGCCGCCUCUACUCGCUAAGCGUGGACCACUUCAACGAGGUGCUGGAGGAGUACCCCAUGAUGCGGCGUGCCUUCGAGACAGUGGCCAUUGACCGCCUGGACCGCAUCGGAAAGAAAAACUCCAUCUUGCUGCACAAGGUCCAACACGACCUCAACUCGGGUGUGUUCAACAACCAGGAGAAUGCCAUCAUCCAGGAGAUCGUCAAGUACGACCGGGAGAUGGUGCAGCAGGCAGAACGUGGCCGCACCCUCUUCCCGCCCCCGCCGCCGCCGCAGGUCACCUCAGCCAUCGCCACCCUUCAGCAAGCCGUGGCAAUGAGCUUCUGCCCGCAGGCCGCGCGCCCACUCGUCGGGCCACUGGCGCUUGGGUCGCCGCGCCUCCUGCGCCGGGCACCCCCCGUACACGCGCCUCCAGCACCUGGGCCGGGGCCGCCCGCUGCCAGCCCACCAGGCGCCCCUGCCAGCCCGCGGGCACCACGGACCUCGCCCUACGCCGGUGCCCCUGGCUCCCCCGCUGGGCCCCGUGCUGGGCCGGCGCUGCCCGCGCGCCGUCUGAGCCGCGCCUCACGUCCGCUGUCAGCCUCACAGCCCUCGCUGCCCCAUGGCGCCGCUGCGGCUGCUGCCGGUCAGGGUCCCACAGCCCCCGCGCGUCCGGCCAGCAGCUCCACACCACGCCUGGGCCCAGCGCCCACUGGUGCCCGGGGCGCUGCCCCAAGCCCGGACCGCAGGGACUCGGCCUCGCCUGGCACCGCCGCCGGUGCCCUCGACCCACUGGACUCUGCGCGCUCGCGCCUCUCAUCCAACUUGUGA